UCAAUACGGCGUCAGAUAGGGAAGAGAAAAAAAAGUAGAAAAAUAUUAUUGUGUGGAUUUGUGAAUCACAAUGUGUUCCAGGUUUUCUCAGGAUGUGGCUGGUGGGAUGGGACUGAUGUCCAUGAGGGAGUAUACACCAUGUACCACCUGAGCCGCAACGGCGCUCGAUUCCAGAUGUUUGCUCCAAAUCAGCAGCAGAUGCAUGUGAUGGACCACAUGAAAAAGCAACCUAGCUCUGGCGAGAACCGGAACAUGAUGAUGGAGUCGGCUCGCUUCAGUCAUAAUCAGGGGAUGAUGCAAAUGCAAGACCUGUCCAAGCUGGAUGUGAACAGCUUUGAUGCCCUCAUCUUUCCUGGAGGCCACGGCGUCACCAAGAAUCUAUCCUCUUUUGUGAAGGAUGGCAAGGACUGCAAGUUGCAUAAUGAUGUGGAAAGGGUGCUUAAAGAGUUCCAUCGUUCCCGCAAGCCUAUUGGACUGGCCAGCAUGGCUCCCUUGCUGGCCUGCCGCGUGCUGCCGGGCAUCGAGGUGACCAUGGGCUACGAACGGGAUGAAAGCACUCGCUGGGGGAACUGGCCUCACACGAACAUGGUUCAGGCUGUAAAGAGCAUGGGUGCUCGCCACAAUGUGCGUGAGCCAUACGAAGCCUAUGUGGACGAGAAGAACAAAGUGGUCAGCACCCCUUCCUUCAUGUGGGAGACCGAGUAUCACUAUCACUAUAUUUUUGAUGGCAUUGGAAAUAUGGUCAAACAUGUCAUGCGCAUGUCAACCAAGUGAGCUGAGAUGAGGCGCUGGAAGAAGUUGGUGCUGACGUGCGACUCACAUCUCUGUAAUGUGAUGAAUUCUUACCUGAAACAAUAUAAAUGCUUUAGAUAAAUAGCA